AUCAGCUUGUUAUUAUAUAAACUACUAGAAUCUGUGUGAAUUUAUUAAAUAAUAAAGCUGAUGGCAGCAAUAAUUCGCAAUUUGGGAGCUAGAAUUGCUUGCGCUACUUUGGCGGCCAAGCAUGUAGUACCCGCUGCCACAACUACGCUGCGCUUCUCUAGCACCGCACCUGCUGGAGCCAAGCCUGCAGAGAAACCAACUGUACGCAAGCCAGACGCAGCUGCUCGCACGCAUCUUUCGGAUUUCGGUCGCUAUGUCGCCGAGUGCAUGCCAAAGUAUGUGCAGAAGGUACAACUGACGGCUGGUGAUGAGCUGGAGGUGUUGAUUGCGCCCGAGGGCGUUGUGCCUGUGCUGCAGUUCCUUAAGGAUCAUCAUCAGGCGCAGUUUACCAAUCUAAUUGAUAUUGCUGGCAUGGACGUGCCUUGCCGCAAGCACCGUUUCGAGGUUAUCUACAACUUGCUGUCGCUGCGUUACAAUGCACGCGUACGUGUAAAGACUUACACGGAUGAGCUAACGCCGCUGGAUUCGGUUUGCGAGGUGCACAAGGCAGCCAAUUGGUAUGAGCGUGAGAUCUGGGACAUGUAUGGCGUCUUCUUUGCCAAUCAUCCCGAUUUGCGUCGCAUUUUGACCGAUUACGGCUUCGAGGGACAUCCACAGCGUCGCGACUUCCCCUUGUCUGGUUAUGUUGAGCUGCGUUAUGAUGAUGAGAAGAAACGUGUGGUAUGCGAGCCCUUGGAGUUGGCACAGGAGUUCCGUAAAUUCGAUUUGUCUGCACCAUGGGAGCAGUUUCCCAAUUUCCGCAAUGCCAAUCCACCCACUGAGGUGGUGCAGCCAGCUGAAAAGAAGUAAAUGCUUAUAUAAAUAAAAUGUUACAAUGGUAAAUAAUUAAUAAAAACCGAUAAAUAGAAA